UAUCCAUGUUCUUCUAGAAUUACACACAUUAUGUGUAUUUAAACACAUAGUGCGUCUCACAGCUCGUCUCCUAACAAUAGGCAUACCCGUCAGAGGACAUACCCGGUAUAAUGUGUGCACUUGUAAAUUUAAACUUCCUGGUUUGGUAGUUGUCGGAGGAGAUCCACCGUUAAGCAUCUAUAAACGUCACCAUGUUUGGAAACCAUCAAAUAUUUGUGAUUCUUGGGCUUCUGUGUGUCUCCAAAUUUACAGAUGCCAUCCUGUGCUAUGGGUGUGCUACCUCCGACGAAGAUGACCCAUGUUUGGUUAACUGGAAGGGUUUGAAGAAAAAUAGAAUCAAGACUACGGAAGAUAAUGAACUUCAACCAAAUGUUAAGAACUGUACGGGAGAUCGGCCGUACUGUGUAAUAGAGGAGACCGAGACAAGAGGUAGCCUUGUCGCCUUCAUUCGUGACUGCUCUGACGGAAAAACAUUCUCCGUCCCCGUUCCCAAUUUUAGAACGAUAAUUCCGGACAAUCAAACAGAGUGUGGUUAUAAUGGCGGAUAUCUUUCCUGUAUUCGUCUGUGUGCCGGUGAAUUUUGUAAUGGACCCUCGACAGCUGCUGGAGUGACGCCAAAUACAGUUACACUCUUGUUAUUAUUUCAAGCUUGUUUCCUAUAUAAAAUGUUAAUUGAAUGAUAUAUAUUUAUAACAGUGAAACAGUCAUUUGCUAUUGUGGUCACACGCUGUUGUAAAACCUCUCCCAGGGUUCCUUGCGAAUUCUCUUGGCCGCAAUGCACUCUGGUAGAGAUCUCCAAGGGCUCCCUGCAAAUUCUCUUGACCACAAUGAAUUCUGGUAGAGAAUCUCCCAGGGUUCUUUGCGGUUUUUCUUGACCCCAAUGUACUCUUGUAGAGAUAUAAGUACAUUUCUUUAUCAUAUAUAUCCCAGCGUUCUUUGCUAAUUUUGUGGACCACAAUGCACUCUUGUAGAGAAAAGAGCACAUUUAUAUCACAAACUCUAUUUCUGUUCCGUUGUUUUCAAAGUUCAUCUUUAUAAAGCUAACUUAUAUCGAGAAAUGCAUUUUUUUAUUAAAUAAAUUAUACAUGUAAUUUGGGCAUGCCAAGUUGAAAUGCUACUUUUUUCUUCGCUUUGGUAUACUUAAUUUUUUUAUAAACUUUAUAUCUAACAGGGCUCCUCACAGGAAUUCGAAAAUCAGUAUUUUUAUACGCGCGAAAACCAAAGCAAAUUGUCUAUCAGCAAAUAUAAGUAUUAUGAGUAUCUGGUGUUUAUUUAUAUAGUUAUUUGUAAAGGACGAUAAUUUCAUAUAAAAUGAUAUUUGUAAUGUUUGUAAAUCCAUUAUCUAUAUCUGUUUUUGUUCUUUUUUAUUUAUCUAUUUUCUAUAAAUCUUCCUUUUUCUCGAAUCAAACAAAUUUAACAAAAUAGUUUAUAUAUAAAAUUGAUGAAUAUUUAUUCAGAUGUAGCAGCCAUAACUAUGGCGAUGUGGGUAUGUCUAUGACGUUUGCAUCUGAGGGCAAAAACGAACACAUCAGCCAGACUCUCUCGAAUGUUGACGCUGUACAGCUGACUAAAUUUUUGUUUAAUCUAUCUUUAUUGGGGAAAAUUAUUAUAGGGAGGUGUCAAUCAGACGAAUCCUGAUGCGUUGAUGAUGAUAACAUAUUUUUUAUAAAUACAGGGUAACAGGUAGAUUCUUUCGAUUUAAAAUAAUAUUUUAUGCCAUUAUGCAUGCAAAAGGUUUGAAAAAAUAACCAUACUCUUGUGGCACUGCCAAUUUAUUUUAAUUUCUAAUAAAUGCCUGUUGUUCAUUUCACGAAAUAAAAAAAUGUAUUUUAUCUUCCCUUUGACGUUUAUGUGAACAUAACAAUAUUUGAUAAUUUAAUUCUCUUGAAAAGUACUUUGUGUAUACAUGUCCGUUUCGUUAUAGGUAUCCGUAGGCUAGUGUAACACUGUUCUUGUUAAAAUCGUUUCCUGUUGUUUUGCUUCAGACACUUAACAAUUCUAUUUAUAUACGUAUGUUAUUCAUUGAACUGUUUUGUUUACAUGUUGUUUCAUAGUUGAAUUUUUUUUUCUUUUGUUCAUAAUAUAUAUUUACAAAUGCUUAUUAUUAUAUUUACAGAAUUGUAAGUCCGUUAAUAUGAUAAAGCUUGAAAAUGUCCCUUUUAUGUUAAAAAACAACUGUCUUGGUGUAAUUUAUAGUCCGACAAGGUUGCGUUGCAAGCAGCUGUGUCAUUCGUAUAGAAUAUAAAUGCCAUAUAUAGACGGUUUUGUGGCUAUAUCUACGUUUCCCGAGUUUUGUUGUUUACGUAAAUACAGAUUCCGAUUAAAAGCAGGAAAAAAUAUAUCAUUAGAGUCCCGACAUCAGUAUGGUAACGAAAUAGACCUUUGUAUUGCUUCAUCGCCAUUGGUUGCGUUAUAUGACGUCAUAAUGGUAGCGAGAGCAAAGGCACAGGGCGCAUUGCUAAUAUUCUGUCGGUUAAGAUUUUACACCAUGGCAUAAAAACUGCAAUGCAAAAAAGAGAAACAAACAAACAAAAACAAUCAAUAUAUAUACUGUAUAUAUAAGCUAUCAAUCAAAAAUAUUGUUUAUAUUAAUCUGAAAAGUGUUUUACAGAAUGUGUACUUAGCCAUGACGUGACGACUCUAUUCCAAUUAUGACCGAGAUUCCCCAAUGUUUUCCAAUUGACGUUCGUUGCCUCUCGGAACUGGUCACCAUAUAGCAACAAAUACUGCCGUAAAAAUGGAUGUUUGAAUGUUCUAUAAUGUAUCUAGGCCAAAAAUAUACAGGUUUUCAUGUUCUUACCGUAUAAUCAAUUAAAGGGAAACGAAACGGGUCAUGAAAUAAUGAACAUAACGUCAUGAAAUUGACACGGCUGAACUUUGCGUCAUUUGUCAUUUGCUUUGUUACAAAAAAAUAUUAUGCAUGUCCAUACUGAUUUCCUCGAUAUCUAGACGUUUUAGAGAAACCGUGCCAUUAAAAAAAGCGCAUUAGUUUCAAAAUAAAGUUAAAAAUGCCAUAUAUUUAUGACUAUCUGUAAAUAUUUGUGGUUACAGAAGAAUACUUUUUUUAGUUGAAAACCUUUACCAACAAGUAAUUAUUUUACUUUGGGGGCGUUUUUAUUUCACCUAAAUAUGUCAUGAAUUGAAUCAUAUAAACUUUCUUGCAUUGAUAGAUUGUGAUACAUAUUAGUUAUGGAAAAAUAACAUGAUCUUACCAUGAAAAUAAAAACAAUACAACACAU